AUGGACGAACCGCCUCUGGUGCCGCUCGGCGCCGUCGCCGGCGUUGCCAACCUGGGAGGAUGGUCCAACCUCUCGGCCUGGGCUACCAAUAUGACUCGAUAUGCGCCGUCGCUUGACGAUCUGGUCUGGGCAGGGCCUCGAUUCCUGGAGAAGCUUGGAUCCUACCUUAAUCUGGCUGACCAGCCCAACCUUGCGCCGAAUACCGACGCCGGCCUCCUCGGCACCACGUCUGCUGCCGCGUACAACAUCAUGGAGAGCAACACUUCCCCUGCGGUUGCAGCGGCUGCGCAGGAUUCCUCGGCUUUCCUGUCUUUGGAGAGCGUACGCAACUUCGGCAGUGUCUUCUCAUACGCUACCAGCCGAUGGGCCAUGUCGUGCAUUGCCAUGGCCCUCAUACUUAACCGAACACACAUCUUCGCUGCCACCCGUCGCAGACUACGUCUUCAGUGGAAACUGAGACUGUUGCUUCGCUCCCUUCCCAUUGUCCUCCUGGUCAUGCAGGUGCGCCGUCUUCUCAUGUCGAUGCAGUGUCAGACCUCAGCCAACUUUGCCGAGCUCCGAUGGGGAGAUACCACUAAACACUCACGAUUCUUGCACGCGCAUACAAACUAUUUUUUGAAUACACUGAGCUCCAUUCUACUUUUCGGCGCAACAGAUGAGCACUCUUGUGCCGCGGUUCAUAUGAUUCCGGUAGCGGACCAAGUCAAAGCAUCCAAGUUGGUAGGAUCGCUGUCUGCCAUGUGGCCGCUGUUUGGUACAUUUUGCUUGAGCCACUUCAUCGAAACUGUGUCUUGUGCGGUCCAGGGCAGAACACUUUCCGCGGAAACUGGCAUGACGCUCUUUGAACAAUCCCUCGCCUUUGCCGAGGCCGAUGCCACUAUUAGCAACCAACUUGCACAGCUGAACUGGGAACCCAAGCCACAAACGGAACCGACUGCUUCAUCGUCUGCCACAGGUGCAGUGGUAAAUUUGCUGACAAAGUCAAUGUUGAUUAAGCGAGUCAACACGCCGCCUGAAGUGCUUCUCGUGGCCUUUUUGUCGUCAAUGACACAUCUCACAAGCCACAUCCUCGGACUUUUCGAUCUACAGGCCAAGUAUCGACUCGUCAACACCGGCUUCUGGGGCCUUUGCUUCAUGGGUCUCUUACGAUUUCCAACCGUUUGCAUCAUCGGCUUCGUGCCUCACGUCUUGGUACUGGGCGGCAUCAUACUUUGCUUCAUCAUAUACGGCCUCGCAUUGCUGCUAUCUGCACUGUCAGCGCCACCCAAUCAGGAGCGUUCUGCCAUGUCGUUUAGACAGCGGCUCAUCUAUGCCCACGAAAACAUGCAAGCAAACGUUUCCUUUGCGGAAGUCAGAAUCACCAGAGACAUGGACUUCUACACAGCUCUCCUACGUACAGGCUUUGCCGCCAUCACAAUGGCUAGUGAAGCUGUGUACUUGAACGAAGACAACGGUGUGAAUUUGACGCGUCAUACAUGGCUCGAAGAGGCUCGCUACAGAGAAGCAGAAGAGUUGCAGAAGCAGUGGGUUGGACUUGGCCAUGCUAGCUCUCAGUACGAUCGUAUUGGUGCUAUUGGUCUGAUUCCUGUCAAAGAUGGUCCGGUAUUGGCCCCCAAUGGCUACGCUCGGGAAAGGGCUGCACAAAAAGUACCGAAGGGCCGCGCAGAGCGAAGCUUCAGAGCCGGAGUCGGAGCCACAGAUAGAAGCUCAAGAUGGGUGAUGGCGCUCGACUUUUUUCUGAGCAUUUUCAAGCUUAUCGGCCGUGUCUCUGCGCUCACGACACUACGGGCCCUCCGUCUGGUUCGCAUCCAGAGACAGCCUGCCUGGCUGAAGUGGCUCGCAGAGAGACCAAAGUCAGCCAAAGAAGAACCAAAGCCAGUCCCUGUGACGCAGCGUGCAAGCCGCACCAUCUUCAUCAGCCGCAACGGCCGAGUGUCCAGGAGCGACGGAAUUGACGUCGAAGCCGAGUUUCGACGCAUCGGGCACAAUGGCAGUGAAGAGAACCUGGAUAGCGACUUGUACAACUACUUUGUGGAAGGCGGGUGGUGGGGUUCUGGCGAUUCCAGCGGCGACUACGCCCCGAGCCAUGGCGACGACGACGAUUGGGACGCAACCAGCGUGAUUUCUCAAUCCACAUCGGCCGACGAAAACGACGGCGAAAAUGACAGAAACCCAUGGGAGCCAGCUGACGAUGAAAUCGACGAGGGCCAGAGGACGCCCACUCAGCGAUCCCCUCGCGCGGUGCGUGAAAACACCCCCGUGGCCGACAGCCCCAUGGGCAUGACAGAUCUCGCCCGUCUCCUGCGUCCCGCCAACCGCGAGGAGCGCGAGGAAGCGACGACGCUCGCGGCGCACCUUGUCAGCGACGGCGUCAUGACGCGCGGCCGCUUCCGCCGUCUCGAGCAGCUCCGCCGAACCAGCAUCCUCACGAGCCCGCGCCGGCCCGGCGGUACGCCCACCGCCUUGGACAUUGCCACUCCGGCACCCGUCUCCGCCGCCACCAGCCUGGCCAGCCGCGAUAUUCACACCAAGCUUGAUCCCGACGAGGAGGAGACGCUGCUCGAGCAGCUCCUGCUGUCGCGCCGCGAGGAGGCCGCCCGGCCGCCGCCACAGACGCCGACCAAGAGCACCGGCACGACGUCGGAUCUCGUGACUGCCGGCGGCAGUAGUGCCAACGCCGGCGGCGACGAGCAGGGCCCGCAGUGCGUCGUCUGCCAAAGCGCGGCGCGCACCAUCAUCGUCUGGCCCUGUCGCUGCCUGAGCCUCUGCGACGACUGCCGCGUGUCGCUCGCCAUGAACAAUUUUGACAAGUGUGUCUGCUGUCGCCGCGAUGUGCUCAGCUUUAGCAGAAUCUACGUUCCUUAG